UGUCUAUCCCGGGGUACUGACUGCUACAUUUAGAAUGGAUAUUUUCCAACCUUGAAUUGCAUUUUUUAAGUGUUGUGCAACGAUUACGGCAAAAAUUCCGCUACGGAUAGUCUUCUAGAGACUAGUAGAAUACAUUUCAGCAGUUGUCUUGCCUGGCCAUGUUAUCUUUACUCGGACCAUAAUUUCUUACUAGCAAGAGUAGGGUAGUUUCCUUGAAUGAUGAACUACUACUUCUUAUUCUUUAUGGCUUCGUAAUUCCUGUUCUAGUUAAACUAAGUCAGACUUCUGGUUGUUUUGUGAUCUAUGUCAUCUUUGUCAGCACAAUUGUGCAAAUGUCAUUUCAUUUGUUUUGUCAGUGUUGUAUAUGUUUUGUGUCAGUGGUGUAGGUUGAUUUGUUAACCGGUUGUAAUUGACUUUAUUAAAACUCUGAAAACUAUAGUAAAUUACACACAAAGAACCUUUUCAACUGUUAUUAUGAUACAUUGCGUUUAACCCGUGCCUAUAACACACCAGUAUCGAACAGUUUCUGCAACCAGCAGCAACAUGUCUGGAGGAUUCAAUUUUGGAGCAAAGUCAACUAACACCCCCACGUUUGGGUCGUCAACGUUAUCAUUCGGCACAGCUACAACUCAGAACCUGCCUGGUUUUGGGAUCCCAGCAGUACAACCCCAACCAAGCUUUGGAGCUGUCGCCCCUCAACCACAAGCCGCAUUUGGAGCUGGCCUUGGGCAAAUGAGUGCAAGCCAACCAUCCACUGGCAGUUUCCAAUUUGGUGGUGCUGCUGCUGCCCCUACUACAGCGGCUUCUGGUUUGUUUCCUGCACAAUCUGGUGGAUUGAAUUUUAAACCAACAGGAUUGUUUGGGUCAACUGCUCCUAGUGGAACUACAUCUACUGGAUUUGGUUUAGUAGCACCUGCAGCCUCAACCACAUCAACUGGUCUGUCAUUUGGAGCACCUGCAUCAUCUGCUCCAUCCAUUGGAUUAUCAUUUGGAGCCCCAGCAGCUUCAACUACAUCAACAGGUUUGUCCUUUGGGGCUCCUGCAGCAUCUGCCCCAUCUACUGGAUUGUCUUUUGGAGCACCUGGAGCAACUACCACAGCAACUGGUCUAGCAUUUGGAGCACCUGCAGCUUCAACUGCACCAACUGGGAUAUCCUUUGGAGCUCCUGCAUCGUCAGCUACCUCUACUGGCCUGUCAUUUGGAGCUCCUGCAGCAUCAACAACAGCAACUGGUUUAUCAUUUGGAGCACCUGCAAGUACUUCUGUUGGAUUGACAUUGGGAACUCCUGCUAGCACUGCUUCAACUGGCACAGGCUUAUCAUUUAGCACUCCAGCAUCAACAGGUUCUACAGGAUUAUCUUUUGGAACAACCCCCCAAUCAUCUGGCUUGUUUGGUAGCACAGCUCCCACUACUUCAGCUCCAUCAUUAGGAUUAUCAUUUGGAAGUAGAACUAGCAGUGCUCUUCCUACUCUAGGCUUAGGGGCAGCUACCACAACCGCAGCAGCAUCUGGGAGCCUCACACUAGGCCUGGGAGGCACUCCUACUUCCACAUCAGCUGGCUCAACUGGUCUGUUUGGACUUGGAGGUACUACUACAGCAGCUCCAUCUGCAACAACUACACCUUCAGUAGGACUUGGUGGCGUAGCUUCAGCACAAACAAAAAUAGUAACCACUCAAAAGGAGGUACCACCAAAAGAACAACCAUUGCCUAAUGAAAUACUCCAAAUUGUAGAGGAAUUCAAAGAUAUGGUGAAGCAUCAGAAAGCGUAUAGUUCCGAUAUUGCCAGAUGUUCUGUUAGAGAAUUUAGGAAAGUUGAGCAAGAAAUAGAUCAUUUAAUGACCUUGCUCGGCGAUGUGGAAAGUCAGUUAACGAAAAACAGACAUUUGGCAGAAAAGCUGAAGUAUGAUACAGCAAAAUGCUUGAAGAAUGUUGAAAUGGCUCAGAGAACGCAAGAUACUCCUCCUGGAUUACAGUAUGAAAACACAGCCCCACUGAAGUUUUUCAUGGAGUUAGCAGACCAGUUUGAAAGAGAAAUGCAGGUCCUUAAGUACCAAAUUGAAAGUGCAGACAAUUACGUUAAAAACCAUAGAAGCCCUGAUGCUUUGACCCCACAAGACUUAGCCUUGGGGAUGAGAAGACUUCAUGAGACCUUCGUAGCGUUAGCAGGUCGGUUACAGUCUGUGCAUGGUCAGGUUGAGUCUCAAAAAGAACACUAUAGGACUUUGAGGAAGCAGCUGCUCAAUGACACAUCUGAUCCAUUUGAAAAAAUCGCGCCAGAAGCUAAUGUUGUUAAAUCUCCCACUUACAAUAUACCAAAGGUUGCGACUGGACCUACACCCUUCAGUAAUAUGUCUUUGGACACAGGAAGAUCUAUCAUAGCUCAGCAGAGCCAGUCAGCAGCGGGAAGUAGCUUUGGAACCAGUGGUCAGUCAGGUUAGCAAAAAACUAUGCCACAAGAAUGUAUUUUUCCGAUAAAAAUAACAACAACCACCAUUUUGAGCAUUUUUAUAUCUAGGUUUACAACUAGGUUGAUACAUAAGUGAUUUAUUUGAGCGAAUUGGUUAUUUCUAUGGGAAUAAUAUAUCACUAUCUUACAAUUUUGUUAUUAUAGUCAUCAUAUUAUACGAAAAUACCCCUGGUUUGCGAAAUAAUUGUAAAGACUGGUUUUAUUGAUGCAAGUUGUUCAAGGGGGUAUUCAAAACAUGGAGGCAUAAAAUGGGCAUACUAAUUUUUGCGUGAAAACUUUUUAUUCGACAACAAAUAACGAGAAAAAAAGUGUUUUUUGGGAUUCAAUCGAAAAAGUUGGCAGGAACGAAAAUCUCAUCAUAUAAGAUUUUUAGAUAUUUAUUAUUUAUAUUUUUGUGUAGUGAUUGAUCUAGAUAGAUUUUAUUUGUGAAAUACUUUUACGCUUUUCUUUGUAUCAAGGUUUUUAAAGAUAAAAAUAGACUAUUUAUAUUCUGAGACAGCAGACAAGAGACAAAGCCAGGUUGAAGUCGAGAUGUUUCAGGUGAAAACAGUGUCUAACAGCUACUGAGCAUCGCACUUUUAACGCAGAAUAGCUCGCUGAGAUGUUUUGCUAUUGGGGCGGUUGCUAUCGACACAACGUUUGCAUAGUGAAUAUAAUGAAGCUGUGACUGAAUAUCAUGUUAGCUACAUUGAGUUGCAAUAAUCAAAAACUAAUCAUGAGCGUGGUAACACAAAUAGUCCAACGAGAUGUAGGGUUUUACUCGAACAUUCACUCGCUUCGUUCUACAAAAAUAAAAAAAAACUUGAAAAAUGAAGUUAUGUUGGCCUUUCUAACUCGACAGUGACUAUUCUCCGUCAUGAGUUGCUUUAGCUUUAGCGUCCGUAUAACAUGUCACUUGUUGUUGGUCAUUUUUGCCACUAUACAGAUUAGAAAAUAAAGAAACCUCGACAAAAAGAUGUUAUGUGAUCUUGAGUCUUUUCCUGUGGCGAGGUUUGCAGCGUACAUAAGUUAUUUGUAAAACCUGUAGGUUGACGUCUACCUGAUUAGUUUUUAGGGCCCUACGCGGAAGAUUACUCGAUUUAGUUCAGUCUCAAAGAGAACUGUCAAUUUGGAAUUCAAAUUUUUCCCAACUUCAAUACUUUGCGAACCCUGUCCUAAAGGAAUUAACCUCCUGAAAGUCAUCACAAAUAAUCUAGCAUUUGGUGAUUUUAUGGAUGAACCUACAAGUACAAAUCGAUUUUCCGCAAUGAGAAUCAAUAUGAGAGAUAGGACUUUUAAUAGGUCUCUUUUUAGUCUUUAGGAGUCAAAUCGCAAAUCAUCUAACGCGCCAUAGCACAAUCAUUAAUCUACACAUAAACCAAUCAUUCAUUCUUAUAUACUAACUCUGUUCCACUGCAAAAAUAACUGAAUUUUUCCGCCUUUUCCAUGUACGCAUCAGAACCCUGCUGGUGUGCAGCCUACAGGAUGUGUCUCUCCCAAAGGCAGCUAGGCGUGUGUGGAAUGCCACACUAAAAGAGAGGCCGUAGCCUAGAAUUAUUGCCGAGUGUUUUGAAAUUAGCUCGUUUGUAUUGUCUAAGCCUAAUGUUUUAUUAGUCUAUCUUUUCUAAAUAAAUUUUUACAUUAAA